CCUCUCACAGCUGGCCGUACAAAAAUAAUGGAGAAAAGAGAAAACAAAAAAAUGACAACUCGACAACUCGACCUAAGCACCGAUUUAUCGUUGUGAUAAAGAUUAAGAAUGGACUGUGCUUGUCCUUGUUAAUAAAUCUAAUUCACUCAGGCAAGAGUUUGAAAAAUGUCUUGGUUUACGGAAAUUGCCAGCAAGGCAGAGUCAAUGCUGGAAAAGCUGGACAAGAAUGCUGCUGUAGCUCUGAAUAUUGCUGAUGCACCCUCGAGGGCCGUUGCCGUCGACGUUCCAGCUGAGAUUGGGUCGGAAACCCUGCCUGACGGAGCUCUGUUCUCGCCACCACAACCAAGUGGCACCUCCACUCCAAAGAAAGGAACCACUUUGUCGCAACUGAGGAACACAAAAAGUAGCUCUUUGAAAGCUACUCGAAAGAAAAAAGUGAGCGAGGAUGAGGAGAUAAUGAGAUAUUUAAAUGGUUCUUCAAACUUUGACAGCGACCAAAUAAGCCCCAGUACAAGCAUCACCAUUCCGGAUAGUGUUGACGGGGAGCAUUCGUCAGCGAUGAGAACAGAAAACACAUUCCUAAAGUCAGAAAUUGAGAGUUUAAAUCUAGAGGUGUCCAGGUUAUUGAAAAGGGUGAAGCAGCAUGAAAGGGACCAAGAGGAAUUAAUUUCUCGUCAAGCAAAAAUCACGGAGUACGAACUUGCCUUGCAAACGUCCCGAAGCGAAGCUCAGCAGUUGAGCAAGGAUUUGACUGAGCUUAGGGCCUUAAAAUCAGAGUCACACUUUGAGCUGUCGACCGAAAUUGAACGACUCUCCAAACUAUCCAAGGACCACGAAGCAGCCACCAGCACACUGUCAAAAGAAAAUGCUAGGCUGGGCAUGGAGCUGAAUGCAGUUCAGCAAGAGCUAACCACUUUGCGAGAAAACUUUGAAAAAUACAGGACUCGAGCGCAGAGUGUCUUGAGUGAAAAGGACACUCUAAUUGCAAGGUUGAAAGACCAUCAGCCCACUGAACAAGAGCUGCAGCAAGAGGACAAGCUGGAAAAUGAGGAAAUUAAAUUGUUGAGAUUAGGAAAUGAAGAGGUUAGCAACCAGUUAUCGGCUGUUAGGGCAGAAUUGUCUCUCAGGGAAGAGGAGAAAACGCAGAUAGCGAGGGCUUUGAAUGAGGUGCAGGCAUCGUUGGAUGUAACAAAACAAACAUUGACAUCAGCCGAGCACGAAAUUAUAUUUUACAAAGAGGAAUUGGAUAGACAGAGGAGUGAAGUGGUUAGAUUAAGCCACGAAUGCGACAAACUUAAAACGGCUCAGGUGUCAAAGCCCCCAAGCAGACCCACGCAACCUGAUAUAAAUUCAGACUAUAUGGUUGAUUUAGACAAUAAGGUGCGAAGCUUGACGGCAACUCUAGUUAAAAAGCAGCAGGCUGUUGAAAUUUUGACUGCGGAGAGAAAUGCGAUGAGGUUGCAGCUGGAAAAAACAGAAUUGCGGCUGCGAGAAUCUGCACAUGUUUACAGCUCAGGCAUGAUAGCUUGCGAUAUGAAUACAACUGACGAUGCCAAAGCAGGAAUGAUGUCUGGUUUUCUUCGAGAAAGGCUUGUUGACUCUGGGAUGAGCAGAAGGGUGCGCAGAGCAUAUUCAACAUUUGAUUCUCUAGCUGGUUCUUUGAUGAGACGUCACCCGUUGGCAAAAAUUUGUCUUAUUGCCUAUAUGCUGCUUCUCCAUAUCUGGGUGCUUGGAAUACUCUUCACUUACACACCAGACUCUCACAACAAGCACAACACCCCAAUGAAGUAAAUGAAAAAUGAACUACAUGAUUCCUUAACGUGAUGCUUCUCUUAACAUAAUUAUGCAUUUUAGAAUGAAUACCAAUCCUGGAAAAUGAUAUUUGGUAUGCUCUUGAUAUUAUUUUUAAGCUCGAUUUUUUUAUCUAAGCCACCAUUAUACUUUUGCACAUAAAGAAAUGUUUCUCAUGAAGUACUGUGUUGCAGUUUUUGUUUUAAAUCUUGAUAAUAAAAUAAGCUUUUAGAAACUUCCAA